CUCAUUACGUUAGUCCACGAUUGCGCAUUGACAAUUUACCGCUGAUGCAAGAAGUGUCGGCGAAUUGAAGUGAGACUGGUCUUGGGAUAAAAAAAAAACUUCCUAGAUCGUUCUUGUUCUUUCCGCAAACAUGUCAGGAGACGAAAUGAUAUUCGACCCCAACAUGACCAAGAAGAAGAAGAAGAAGAAGAAGAAGCCUUUCAUGCUGGAAGAAGAAGGUGGAGACGGAGUGGCAGAGGACACACAGCAGGUAGAGGCCAAGGAGGUGGAACCUGACGGUGGGGAGGACAGAGAGUUCGACCUGGACCUGGACCAGGACGAGGGAAGGAAGAAAGAGCAAUCCGACGAUCUUGAUGACCUGAACUUUUUCAACCAGAAGAAAAAGAAGAAGAAGCCCAAGAAAGGGUUUGAUAAUGACAUUGAGGAGGGGAUACAGGAGCUGAAAAUUGAAGAAGAGCAGAGCAAGGCAGCGGAAGAGGACGACUUGGAUCUUCAGUUGCCAGCAAAGAAAAAAAAGUCCAAGAAGGUUGACUUCCAGGAGGAAGGAGAGAUACUUGAGAAGGACGAUGGCCUCGAGGACGAUGAGGGGGGAAAAAAUGAUGGCAUCUCAUUCAGCUCCCAGUCUGGUCCGGCGUGGUUAGGGACAGACAGAGACUACACAUAUGAUGAGCUGCUGAACCGUGUCUUCAACAUCAUGCGGGAGAAGAACCCUGACAUGGUGGCCGGAGAGAAGAGAAAGUUUAUUAUGAAGCCCCCUCAGGUGGUCCGAGUGGGCACCAAGAAGACCUCGUUUGUCAACUUCACUGAUAUCUGUAAACUGUUGCAUCGUCAGCCAAAACAUCUUCUGGCAUUUUUAUUGGCUGAGCUGGGGACAAGUGGCUCCAUAGAUGGAAAUAAUCAGCUUGUGAUCAAAGGAAGAUUUCAACAGAAACAGAUUGAAAAUGUCUUGAGAAGAUAUAUUAAGGAAUAUGUGACGUGUCACACGUGUCGCUCCCCUGACACCAUCCUACAAAAGGACACCCGUCUCUACUUCCUCCAGUGUGAGACCUGCCACUCGCGCUGCUCCGUGGCCAGCAUCAAGACUGGCUUCCAGGCAGUCACGGGCAAGAGGGCACAGCUCCGUGCCAAAGCCAACUAA